UAAAAAUGCUGUUGUUCCAGGAAAUAACUUUUCUCGUUUUCCCCGCCUGCCUACUGAUUUCACAGUCUUCAGCAAAAGAGGAUCUGUAUGUGGACAUCAGAAUAAAAAGAAUCAGACAGGGAAGCUUUGUGAGGGCUGUGGGUGUUGCCCUGGGCCUCGUGUGUGGAGUCCUACUCCGUACUGGGCUAUACUCAGAGAAGCUGCCCUGGUCGCUGGCCUGAGCCUCCUCUCUCCUCCUUCAGGAGCCACCUGUGUCCAGAGAUCAGAAGAUGCCCCAGUCGAGCCUGCAUCCAGCUAUCCCACGACCCAGGGGUCAUGGGGCCGAGAAGGCAGCCUUGGUUCUACUGGGCGUCUGUCUGGUGUCCCUGUGGGGGCUGGGGGAGCCCCCAGAGCACACUCUGCGGUGCCUGGUGCUCCACCUGGCCUCCCUACAGCUGGGACUGCUGUUGAAAGGGGCCUGCUGUCUGAUGGAGGAGCUGUGCCACAUCCACUCCAGGUACCAGAGCAGCUAUUGGAAGGCUAUGCGGUCCUGCCUGGGCUGCCCCAUCCGCCAUGGGGCCCUGAUGCUGCUGUCCUGCUAUUUCUACUCCUCCCUCCCGAACGCGGCAGGCCUGCCCCUCUCAUGGAUGCUUGCCCUCCUGGGCCUCUCCCAGGCACUGAACAUCCUCCUGGGCCUACAGAGCCUGACCCCCGCUGAGGUCUCUACAAUCUGUGAAAAAAAGAACUUCAACGUGGCCCAUGGGCUGGCAUGGUCAUUCUACAUUGGGUAUCUGCGGCUGGUCCUGCCAGGGCUCCAGGCCCGGAUCCACGCUUACAAUCAGCUCCACAACAACACACUAUCAGGCAUGGGUAGCCGGCGCCUGUACAUCCUCUUCCCAUUGGACUGCGGGGUGCCUGAUGACCUGAGCAUGGCCGACCCCAACAUUCGUUUCCUGCAUAUGCUGCCCCAGCAGAACACUGACCGUGCUGGCAUCAAGGGUCGGGCUUAUAGCAACAGCGUCUAUGAGAUUCUAGAGAAUGGGCAGCCGGCAGCUGCCUGUGUCCUGGAGUACGCCACCCCUCUGCAGACCUUGUUUGCCAUGUCACAGGAUGGCCGGGCUGGCUUUAGCCGUGAGGAUCGGCUGGAGCAGGCCAAACUCUUCUGCCGGACACUCGAGGACAUCCUGGCAGAGGCCCCGGAGUUUCAGAACAACUGCCGCCUCAUUGUCUACCAGGAACCUGCCGAGGGAAGCAGCUUCUCCCUGUCACAGGAGGUUCUCCGGCACCUGCGGCAGGAGAAAAGGGAGGAGGUCAUGGUGGGCCACAUGGGGUCCCCGGCAGUCCCUGGUUCCUCCUGCACACUGUCCCAAGAGCCCCAGCUCCUCAUCAGUGGCAUGGAGCAGCCUCUCCCACUGCGCACUGAUGUCUUCUGAGACCAGGCUCGCCUUGCCAGAGCCUCCAGUGAUCCCAAGACUCUGGUGGGGGCUUGCUUCAGCAGCUGAAUGUCCCGCGGAGCCAUGUUCUCCCACAGGCGGCCUGGCAGAGCAAGGCUCUGGAUGUGACAUCUCAACGUGGGUCCUAUCUGUGUCCUUGGGCCACCUCACCUCUCUGAGCUUCAGCUUCUCGUCUGUGAAAUGGGAUCCUCAUCACCAUCCUACCACACAGCGUUGUGGUGUGAGGACUAGGAGUGUGUGGAAGUGUUUUGUGAAUGCUGAAUACCAUGCAAACUUUAGAGACAUGCCCAGUGUCUUCCACUGGACCCUCCAGCCUGAUGCUUGUCCCUUCUCUACCUCUUCUACCUGGGGACACUGACCUGCCUGGAUGGCACCAACAGGCUCCCUCGCCCUUUGGCUUCUGGUCAUGUUCGGUCAAUGGGGAGCCCCAGCAGAAGGGAGGGAAGGUGGAUGUGAGGUGGGGAUGUUUAUUUGUCCAGCUCCCUCCCUGCAAUAUCAAGGUCAUUGGGGGCUCUCCUGCCGGGAGACCUCUAGAUGACCUUGUCCAUCUCUAGGUUCUAGAACCUCUUCCCCUCCUUGCUCUAGCAGCAGUAUUGGCUCCCCACCCUACCCACCCUGAACAUUCACUCUCACUUGUGGUUUGCUUAUACCCUGUGCUUUCCCAAUAGUCUCUUUUAAAAA